AGCUUUCUCACGUCAAGGAAUAUAUUCUACUGUAUAAAGUCAUUUUUGUUUUAAAAGAAAAAGAAGAAAAAGAAAAGAAAAUACAUACCUCUUGAUUUUUGGUUUCCCUUUUUUUUUCCUUUCUUUCUGGUCUUGCGAUGCUUUCGCCUGUAGUUCAGCCUGUUGGGCUUAUGACUCCAGACCGUUCUGUGCCCUCUAGCCCUACGGUUUGUCCUGCUGUCGCUUCCAGAACGACACCUUCAUCAGCUGCCCCAGUUGACUUGUCAGAUCUCGCCCGUCGUCUACAGAAAGCCAUUUCUUUUUCCAAACCACCUUCACCAGCCAUUUCUUCCUCUUCCUCUUCAUCAUCCUCCUCUACCUCUUCAACUCCUUCGUCCCUUGCUUUACCUAGCCCGGGCUUACCUAUCCAAUUCAUCUUCAAAAAGCCAGAGUACAACAACCACUACCAUGAAACGCACUUCCACCGCCCAAAACCAAAAGAUUCUCUCAUCUGGUCAGACCUGCGGCAGUUCUUUAGUCCCUUGGCCGAGGAAGAUCAGCGAUCAGACUUUGGAAAUCAAUUCCGCCAAAAUAUCGAGAGCCGCUACGGCAAAUGGGGUCGUUUUAUUGGCAAAGGAGCUGGUGGGUCAGUGCGACUAAUCCGACGUGACAAUAAUUCACUAGCGGUGAAGCAUUUCCGAAGUCGACUGAGCCAAGAAAGUGAAAAAGACUAUAUAAAGAAGGUGACGGCCGAAUUUUGUAUUGGAUCGGCACUCCAUCACCCCAACGUCAUUCAAACCCUCGACCUCAUUCAGGACGGUCCACAAUUCUACCAAAUUAUGGAGUAUUGUCCAAACGAUUUGUUCAACGUUGUGAUGAGUGGAAUGAUGUCACGCCAGGAAAUUGCCUGCACUUUCAGACAAUUGCUUCGUGGUGUCGAAUACCUGCACGGCCUUGGGAUCGCACACCGAGAUCUCAAGCUGGAUAAUCUUGUCCUUUCUCCCCUCGGGACACUCAAGAUCAUCGAUUUUGGCUGUUCGACCGUAUUCCGAUGUCCUUUUGAGACAAACAUUACCCGGUCCAAAGGUAUCUAUGGAUCCGACCCUUACAUUGCGCCUGAGCAAUACACUCAGCCGACCUAUGAUCCAAGACAGAGUGAUAUCUGGUCCUGUGCAAUCAUCUUUCUUUGCAUGACGAUCCGCCGUUUUCCAUGGCGUGCACCUCAUGCCCGAGAUCCCUCCUUCCGUGCCUACUGCUCAAACCCCCAGCUCCAGAAAGCACAUCUCCUUAAGCUCCUUCCUCGUGAAUGUCGCCCUGCAAUUGGCUCAAUUAUCAGUCUUGAUCCAGCCGAACGAACUACCUUGCAGGAUCUCAUGAAAGACAGCUGGGUCCGAGAUGAAGAUGUCUGUACAGUGGAUGCGCCUGGUGCUCACCACGUCCAUCAUGUCACUCACCCGUCUUCAAAUGAGCGUGCCAAUCUUGUUGUCCUGUCCCCCGAACCACCAGGCAGAAUGGCAGAGCGUGAAAAGAGACGUCGAGGCUACUGACCAGACUGACCAGACUGACCAGACUGACCAGACUGACUUGACCACCCAAAAGAAAAACCAACCAAAAACCAAAAAAAAAUGAGAGAAUUAAUUAUACAUAUACAUUAUAUAUAUAUUUCUUCCUUGUUUGUGUGAGAACAAAAAAUUAUCUUACCAAAAAAAAAUACUCCCUCAACUCAAAAACAAAGAUAGCUUAUAUCAACUCAUCUUAUACUUCUUUAUCAUAUUCUUAGAUUUUACUUACCUUCUUGUCUUUUUAUUUCAUAUUAUUAUUAUUUUCUCUGUUUUAUUUUGUUCUGUUUGUAUCAUAUACUUAUUUCACUUUUAUCUAUCAAAAAGAAAAAAGAUACAUUUAAA